AUGGACAAAGUCUCACUUCAGUUCAACAACCAAAAGCAAAUCAUAAACAUGUUCAGAAGAUCUCCAUUCAACUCGCGCGCAUUAUACAACUUUGACCCAUUCUUCGAAGACCCAUUCUAUGAAAGCUUCUUCCAUGGUGACAGACGCCCAAGAAGAGCAAUCAAUGGAAAGGACACUUCGGAUGGCGCUGUGGUUCCUUCAAACUACCAGAAUGACUCCUUGGAUUUCUGGAGAAAGUUUGACGACUUCAAGCAUUGGGAUGAUAUGUUGGAAGUGAAGGAGGAACCAGACAAGUACCUUGUGCAAGUCAAGGACGACUCGGCUCACAAGAAGGACUUGGAUGUGAAGUACCACAAGCAAGAGAACCAAUUGCAGGUGACUUUGUCACACAAGAGCGAGAGAGAUGAUGGCGAGAACAGAAAGUUCUCUUCUUCGUCCUCAUCCACCUUAUCUGUGGCAUUUGAGAAGCCUGUAAAGCCCAACGACAUUUCUGCUGAAGUUGGUGCUGAAGGUGUGGUGAUCACAGUUCCAAAGGAAACUAGCGACCAGGAGAACGUGGUCAGCAUCGAUGUGAAGAAGCAACAGCAAAGCUCUUAA